AUGGGCGAUAAGCAGCCCAUAAGCACCGACCAUGAAGAUGCCACCUUCUCUCGGUUGGAGGCGUCAUUCUCGCAGACAAAGGUGCUUCCUCGAAGAAAUUCGAUUGAGAUGAAGGAUAUCUUUCGUCAUGCCCAAGCAAGCGAUUUGGAAGCGAAGGAUCUCGACUUUAACUUCAGUUUAGACCGCAGCAACUACCCUCUCGGUAACCUCCAGUCCCUCCAGGAUGUGUUUCCAGCGGUGCAGCAUGACAUGCAUUUGAAGAAUCCCCGGAACUUUUCUGACGAGACCGAUAUCACGUGUCUAGAUGUGAAUGAGAACACAUCAUCAUGGCAUACGCUCGACUCGAGAGGAUUGACUCAACUCCUUCAGAGUAUUCCAAAAGCUUCGCACACGAAUGCACCGUUUGGACAUUCAAAACCUUCGAGGCUACUUGCAUUCUUCGUACCUCUCAUACCAGAGAAGCAUACUUCGUUUGCGAGUCGGAUAUCCAUGACUCAGGACAACACGAUGGACCUUUUCAAGUACUUGAACGCUGAUCCGUCAUUCAUUAUGAACUUGCUUGGGAGACCAGACUACUGGGCGCCGCAAACACGGUGGACGUCCGAUAGCAAUAGUAACAUAUUAGCUUGUGACUUCUACUGUCAACACCCCCGCUGGAACUUGCACUUCCAAGGGGCACCUCUAUCAGUAUAUCUCCGCUAUAACGCGGCUUUGCAUCUCACGACCUAUAUCAUCUCCCACAAGGAAGGAGACUCGAGUAUCCAAGCUCUACAAAACAUUUUCGACCUUACCAUCGAAACGGCGCCUGCAGACCAACGGGUAGGAAUCCUGCUCGACGAUCCGUUCGACCUCGCCGUUAUUCUUUCCACAUUAUCCUUCGAGGCUUCGAAAUAUCAUGCCCAGCGAUUCCGGCGAUACAUGUGGAGCCAGAUCAAUAAGGUCGACGACCAUCUCGUGGGGCUCGAAGCGAACGACCGACGCAAGCUAGGAGAACUGACAAAGGAGCUGCAAAUCAUCUCUCAAAACGCUGACUCACAUCUGGGAAAUGCCGACGUCGCAAUCAUCACAGCAACUGCCAUCCGCACGACGCAUGCUCGCUUGCACGAAGCCAUGGGCAGCCCCGCUCGGGUGUUUGAGCGCGCAUCUGACUCGAUCACGUAUGUUAUUGAGUCCAUGCAGAAGCAGAAGAUAUGGUUUCUCAACUACAAGAACCGCAAAGACAGCACGAUGGCCCUGGUGUAUAACCUUGUGACGCAGCAGGAUGCAGCGAGUAACAUCCAGUUGGCAGCGAGUAUGAAACGAGACAGUACCAGCAUGAAUGCGAUUGCUGCGCUGACGAUGGUCUUUCUACCUGGGACGUUCAUAGCGACAAUCCUAAGCGCCGGUAGCUUGAACGGUGGUGGCGAUAACACAAGGUUCGAAUCGGCAUCAGUAUGGUGGCUAUGGGCUGCAAUAACAGUGCCUCUCACGUUGGUUGUCAUGUCCAGUUGGUGGCUCUAUAAGAAACGGAACGAUAAUGUGCGCCCAGCACCGAUGGCUAAGGAGGACGAGGACCGCACCCCACUACCGAAGAGAGGAACCUUCCGCUCCCUGAGUUUCUCGUCAUGGAGCCGACGAGACAGUGCUUCUGGCAAGGUCUGA